UGCAUUGUGGGAGGAGAUGGGAUCAGGAAAAUAUGGCGGAUGUGGAGGAGCCGGAGAAGAAAAGAAGGAGAGUAGAAGAGCUGUCUGAAAAAAUGGCUGUGGAUAGCGGGUGUAGGGACACUGGAGACUGGGAAGGUCGUUGGAACCAUGUAAAGAAGUUCCUCGAGCGAGCAGGACCAUUCACACACCCUGACUUUGAACCCAGCACUGAAUCGCUGCAGUUUUUAUUAGACACAUGCAAGGUUCUUGUCAUUGGAGCAGGGGGACUAGGAUGUGAACUCCUCAAAAAUCUGGCUCUGACUGGCUUUCGGCAGAUUCAUGUUAUUGACAUGGAUACAAUAGACGUGUCUAAUCUGAACAGACAAUUUUUAUUUAGACCAAAAGAUGUGGGAAGGCCAAAAGCAGAUGUGGCUGCAGAAUUUGUCAACAACCGGAUCCCUGGUUGUAUUGUAGUCCCACAUUUUCAAAAAAUUCAAGAUUUUGACGACUCAUUUUACAGACAAUUUCAUAUUGUUGUAUGCGGCCUGGAUUCUAUAAUUGCUAGAAGAUGGAUCAAUGGCAUGCUGAUGUCACUUUUAAGUUAUGAGGAUGGUGUUUUGGACCCUAGUUCCAUCAUCCCUCUUAUUGAUGGUGGAACGGAAGGGUUUAAAGGCAAUGCACGUGUGAUUUUACCUGGAAUGACAGCAUGCAUUGACUGCACACUUGAACUUUAUCCACCACAGGUCAAUUUCCCUAUGUGCACUAUUGCAUCUAUGCCACGACUACCAGAGCACUGUAUUGAAUAUGUCAGGAUACUUCAGUGGCCAAAAGAAAAUCCAUUUGGAGCAGAGGGCGUGGUGCUGGAUGGAGAUGAUCCAGAACACAUUCAGUGGGUGUUUCAGAAGUCCCUUGAAAGAGCAGUUCAGUUUAAAAUUACUGGCGUUACAUAUAGACUCACACAAGGUGUUGUGAAAAGAAUUAUCCCAGCUGUUGCUUCUACAAAUGCUGUCAUUGCUGCUACAUGUGCUACUGAAGUUUUUAAAAUCGCUUCAAGUGCAUAUAUUCCUCUGAAUAAUUAUCUGGUGUUUAAUGAUGUAGAUGGGCUCUACACGUACACAUUUGAAGCUGAACGAAAGGAGAACUGCUCAGCCUGCAGCCAGGUGCCUCAGAAACUUCAGUUCUCAUCAUCAGCUAAACUUCAGGAGGUACUGGAUUACUUGACAGAAAAUACAUCUUUGCAAAUGAAAACUCCAGCAAUAACUGCAACAGUGGAUGGAAAAAACAAAACACUUUAUUUACAAACUGUAGCUUCCAUUGAAGAGCGAACAAGGCCAAAUCUUUCGAGGACAUUGAAAGAAUUGGGUCUUGCUGAAGGUCAGGAGCUAGCAGUUGCAGAUGUCACCACACCCCAAACAGUGUUAUUUAAACUCAAUUUCACAUCAUAAUCCAUGAAUCAUUCAUGAAAUGUUAUGUUAUGCUAAAAAGAACAAAGUAAUGAUCACCCAGCAUUAACUUGAUGUAAACUGGAAUCUCCUUUACCAAUAAUAAUAAUACCAAAAGUACAGGCUAUACCAUGCAAAACUAGUUAAAAAAAUAAAAUAAAAUAAAAAUAAAAUCAUCUACUGAAAAUACAUUAAUUUGGCUCAAGAUAUUAAAAGUAGACUAUAUAAUAUCCCACUGUUAGAUACGUAAUAACCUAUAGUGCAUUCUUGCACAAUUGUACGUUAAGAACAAUAGUGUUUCCCUAUGUUAAAUUGACAUUUUGAUUUAGUGAGGCUAGUUGCAGGACUUGCAUUUUAUUUUCUAGAACUUUUAACUUGAGGAGAAGCCUGUUUUUUAAAUGUAGGUUUAGAGAUAACAUAACCAACACAAAUAGUUACUUCCUUCAAUGUUAUGUUCAUUAUGUAUAAAUGUUCAAUAUUAUGUUCACCUUGUAUAUUUAUUUGUCAUGGUGUUGAUAUUUUUAGUUUAUCAUUCACAAUGUUGUUGAUAUAUAUUGCAGACUAAUUAACAGAACAUGUGCAUUUUAUGUUCUCUUGAACACCGCUCUUUAUGAAGUCUGAACUGAAAUAAAAAAGGUUUCUUACACAAAAUAACUUGA